UUCAGUCAACAGGAAAGGUAGAGAGGUCACAGAGGAAGGGAUGUAUCAGCUGCAGUUCCUCACAGAGUAUUCAGAAUGUUAUUUGGUGAAAUGUUAGAAGUAGCAAGAUAGCGGCUGGGAGGGCACGUCUGUUUCGCUAAGGCUUUUCAAUGCUAGUAUCUUACCGUAGAAUUCCGCAAUUCAUGGAAGGGACAGGUGCACCUAUCACAGACUCUCGUGCUGGGGUCCAUAAAUUACAUCCUAUCAAGGAAGAUGAAUUGGAAGGAAUAGAGCAAUCAGGUUUGGAUGGCCCGGGUUCCGUGUCCCAGAUGGACGAGAAACACAAUCAGUUUCAACAAGGUGCCUCGGAACAAUAUAAAAUCUCUGCAGAUGAACACACACACUCAACCAGAAAUGCAACAUUUUUAGUGGAUUCUAUGAAGAAGACCAUAACAUCAGUGGGAUCUAAUGCUUCCUCCGCAGCAGAAGACUUUGUUCAUAUUACAGACUGUUUAAAGGACACUCCGGAAAUGUGCCGUGAUCAGGCAGAAGUAUUUGUACCAGAUCUUUGUCUCCAGUUAGUGAUGGUUAGACAUGGCGCUUCUGAUCCAGAACUGCAAGAAGUCCUCAGGAAUAGGUUGCGUCUCCUGGAGAAUGACAACAAGGAAGUCACAGCAGUGUUCAGUGAAUUAUCUGCACGGUUACUCUCCAUUCAUAGUGAUAAGGAUAUGAUAACUGUGACCUUUAAGACCUUUGAAGAAAUCUGGAAAUUUUCCACAUACUAUUCAUUAGGUUUCCUGAAUCACUGCAUGGAGAACAUGUUUUUAGAUCAGUUAUUUUGGUUAUUCUCUCCCGACGAAGAACCAGCUGGAAUUAAUGUUCAUGUCAAUGAGGAAUCUUUAAAUCUCAUUUAUCAGAGACUUUUAUUGGAGGAAGGAACAUUCUUUGUCCUUUGCGGUGACGGUCACAUAAGACAGGCUGCCGUUGUGGACGAUGUACUGCAGAUUUUCCAGUCAAACAGUGUCGUUGAUGGAGUAGAUGUGGGAUGGACCCAAAAUAGGCAAUCGGUGCUGGGUGACACAUUGGAUGGCUCUAAAACCACUAUUGAGCCAUUAUGUCCUUUUCAUCAGUGGUUCCUGAAAACAAAUUCGGUUUCAGAUCUUGUGGAUUUUACUAGAUGUAAAAUGAGAAAUAAAACUGCUGUAGGCUUGUGUGAAGCACUGGUUGAUCAUGAAGGUGAAAUAAUGGAUGAGAUGUCCUAUAAAAGUGGAGAUGUUAUUGAAACCAUCAGCACUUAUUUUGAAUGUAUGGAUUGGUUUCUCGGGAGACAUAUAACCAGUGGGAAUAUUGGUUUUGUGAAGACCAGCAAUGUGAAGACUCUUUCAUCAGAUACAGGACAAGGGAACCUGGAGUGGGAAGAAAUACUGAUGUCCCAAGGUGUAAAAAGCUUUGAUCUGAAUAAUGCAAAAGAACUACUCAACAACAUGCUUCACUCGAGUGUCUGCAAUGUUUUCAGAUUGGAUGAGCUGGAAGAUAUCAAGCCACCCCAACAGAAAGAAACAAACCAUUCAGCUAAUAUUGAUACAAAUACUUUCAAACAGAAGCUGACGGAUUUUUUUUUAAAUACCCAGGAGAUUGCCAUUUCUCCUGAUGUUCCCGAUGAUCAACAACUUGAUAAUAUAAACCCUUUGAGCAAAGAGGCCCAGAAUUGUGAGAAUUACGAGGCUCCGUGUUUCUGCAUCAGUGAGGGACAGGAUAAACAAGAAGCAUUAGAGUCAUUACUUCUGUUUUUAAACAAAGAAACAUACACUCCCGGGUUCAAAAUCAUCUAUGACACGUCAUAUGGAUUUAAACAUAUGUUAUUUAAUGGAUAUAGUGAAGAAGGGGAACUGAUUAGAUAUCUCAGCAUAGCUCGGGAAUCAGCAAAGAAAGCCAACAUGACCUGGGCGUUAACAAGGAUUUGUUUCCUUUUGGGAAGGCUAGCUAUCAAAAGACACAAGUUCUCCCAAGCAAGGGUCUACUUUGAAGAAGCAAUGGGGGCUGUAAAUGGGGAUUUCAGCGACCUCUUCCUUAUCAAAGCAAUGUAUAUGAACCUGACUGCUGUAUACCUAAAACAAAAGAACAAGGAAAAAUGUUUACUCUUGAUAGAUAAAUCAGCUUCUCUCAUCAUUGGACUUCAAACAUACCCCAGCAGCACUGACAUGGAUCCAACGAUACUGAAGUAUGUAUUGAAAAAGGCAAUACUGAACCAAGAUUCAUACAGUGAGAUAAGAGCAUGUCUACUUCUGGCCACAAAUUACAUCAGUUUAAAACAAAGUGUUGAGGCCUUACCCUUCAUUGAGAGGUUGCAGGUUUUAAGAAAUAAAAUGGAAUCAAAGUCAAGUUCUGUACCAGGAUACUACUUUAAACUUGCAGAUAUAUACAACUACAAGUGUUUGCCCCAUAUGGCAUUGAGCUCCGUUAAAGUGGCAUCUCACAACUCUAGCAGCUUUACAAACUCUUUGAGAGGAGCAGGAUUUGUUGCUGAUAAUGCUGUAAAACUCUGUGGGAUAAAACAAGGGGGACAAAUAUUUCCCACACAGAUAGCACACUACCUCAGAAACGCGUUGGCAUCUGCAAUCACCGACCAGGAGCAAAUACUUUGCACGUCCAUAUAUCUGAGUUUAUCAGAACUUUGCACAAACCAUAAGCAGUGUAAAAAGGCUCAAUCAUAUAUUCUAAAAGCAGUUGAAAAGAAUGGUUUGAUGGCUUCAAGGUCCAAGGUGGAUUUUUCAGUUACUCUAGCGUGGCUUUGCAUGUUGGACAAACAUAAUUUGUUGGCUCUGGAUAUUUUAAAUAGCAUAAUGCCAUUGUGUAUUUGUACAGAACAUCAGCUUGGGAUUAUCUAUAACCUGAAAGGAAUUGCCUUAAGAAGAACGAAUGAAAUAAAACAUGCUGCAGAACAUUACUGCAAAGCACUGAAAAUUUCAAGAGAUACAGGUGCUCGUCAAAACCAGGCAGCUGUAUUGGCCAACUUUGGGACAUUAUGCCUGCACUUGAAUGCUCAUAUCCUGACAGAGCAUUUCUUCAUUAAUUCUAUACAUGUUUACUCAAGUAUUCCCAGCAUAGACAAUGGUACAGAUUUCAUUCAUGUGCUUCUUAUCUUUGGGAACUACUAUAUGAGUGGAAUCCAUAAAGAGAACGCAAGGAUUUAUUAUGAGUGUGCACUUCUUGUGGCAAUGGAAACAAACCAUCUGGAAAGCCAACUUCGAGCUACGCAGUUAUUGUGUAAUUUCUACAAUACAGUUGUAAUUAAUGAAGCACAAUGUAUCAUUUACAACGAAUAUCAGCUUUCCUUAGCCAGGAAAAUGGCAGACAAAGUGCUGGAGGGUCAAGUCCUUGAAAGAAUCAGUCAACUGUAUUUAUCAUUAGGUACAGAAAGGGCCUGCAAAUCAGCUUUGGAAUACACUAAAAGGAGCCUAGGGAUUUUUAUUGACCUGCAAAGAAAGGAAAAGGAAGCUUAUGCAUGGCUCUGGGCUGGAAAAAUCUACUAUAUCCUUGGUCAGAACGAAUUAGUGGAUCUUUAUAUUCAGGUUGCCCAGAACGUGGCUUUGUCCACCGGGGAUCCAAACUUGGGAAUGGAGUUAUUUGAAGCUGCUGGAGAUAUAUUCUUCAAUGGAGCAAAUGACAGAGAAAAGGCAGUAUCAUUCUACAGGGACUGUGCUCUUCCUCUUGCGGUGAAGACAGAAAAUGUGAAGGCAGAACUUCGGUUGUGCAACAAGCUGACAGACCUAUUGAUCAACAUGAAACAUUAUGAGGAAUGUCUGGAACAUGCAAAAAUAUCUCUGGCACUUAGUGUGUUUUUCGAGGAUCAGCUGAAUGAACGAGUGGCUUACCACCGAUUAGCUGUAAUAUACAGCCAUUUGGGUCAAUGUGAAUUGGCAGAACAUUUUUACUUGAAAGCUCUCUCACUCUGCUCAUCUCCACUGGAACUCGAAGAGGAAGGAGUAUACUACAUGAAAGUUUAUUUAAUCCUAGGGGACAUCAUUUUCUAUAAACUUAAGGAUCCCUUUGAUGCCACCGGAUAUUAUAAUCUUGCACUUGCAGCAGCCGUGGAUUUGGGCAACAAAAAGACUCAGCUGAAACUUUACACCAGGCUUGCUGUUAUUUACCAUAACUACUUAAUCGAUAGAGAAAAAUCUCUUUACUUUUAUCAGAAAGCCAGGACUUUUGCUAUGGAGUUUAAUAUGAAGAGAAUUAAUCUGUCCCCAACAGAGUGUCCUCCAGCUCCAAUUUGGACAGGCUUUUAACCUGUGUGGAAAUUAUAUUUAGUGUCUGAUUUUGUGAUAAUGAAUAGAACUAAAAAUGUACAUUAUAUUUUUUUACCUAUGGAAAAUUACUUUUUGAUGCGUUAGGUUUUUUUUUGGAACAAUUGCAUUUUUUUUUCUGAACCGCUCUGCACCUAAGGAUUACAAAACUAGUUAACCAAUAUAAAAGAAAGGUAGUACCACAGUUGCGGACAAUGGUCUAAAAAAUAAG